UUAUCCUCCGUUACGAAACCUGUUUAUACCAGUAUUUUUAAAUUGUUGGUUGGCGAAGCACGCUCUGGAAAAUAUGUUUAACGACCUCCAUAGAGCGAUGCAGAAGUCUCAAUCGGCUCUAUCUCAACAACUGACGAUCCUCUCAGCUACGCUCAUCUGCCUCGUAUUUACCAGCGUUUGUGGUAUUCAACAUUGUCAACGAGCAGGCCAUCGGCACCUGAACCUCUUCCAGGCCACUUAUUACGUUGUCGUGACGUUCUCGACAGUGGGAUAUGGUGAUUUUGUACCUGACAUCUGGCCCUCUCAGCUCUGGAUGGUCAUCAUGAUCUGUGUCGCUCUCAUCGUCCUACCCACGCAGUUUGAACAACUAGCAUUCACGUGGAUGGAACGACAAAAACUGGGAGGUUCGUAUUCGUCUCAUAGAGCACAAUCAGAAAAACACGUUGUAGUGUGCAGUACAACGUUACAUGCGGAUACAAUUAUGGAUUUUCUUAACGAGUUCUACGCUCAUCCUCUUCUGCAGGACUACUACGUUGUCCUUUUAUCCCCGAUGGAGCUCGACACGACUAUGAGAAUGAUACUUCAAGUACCCAUAUGGGCCCAAAGGGUCAUAUAUAUCCAGGGAUCGUGUUUGAAAGAUGCCGACCUAGCGAGGGCCAGAAUGAAUGAGGCGGAGGCCUGUUUUAUAUUAGCAGCUAGAAAUUAUGCGGACAAAACGGCAGCGGACGAGCACACAAUCCUGCGAUCGUGGGCCGUCAAGGAUUUCGCCCCCAACGUCGCCCAAUACGUGCAAAUUUUCCGACCGGAGAACAAACUCCAUGUGAAGUUCGCGGAGUUCGUAGUCUGCGAGGACGAGUUCAAAUACGCCCUGCUCGCAAACAAUUGCACGUGUCCUGGCGCGUCUACCUUGGUGACGUUGCUGCUGCAUACUUCGAGAGGACAGGAGGGUCAGCAGUCUCAAGAGGAAUGGCAUCGGUUAUAUGGAAGGUGUUCGGGCAACGAAAUUUAUCAUAUCAAAUUGGAGGAUAGUCGAUUUUUCGGAGAAUACGAAGGAAAAAGUUUUACAUAUGCCAGUUUUCAUUCGCAUCGAAAAUAUGGCGUCGCCUUAGUAGGAGUCCGACCAGCGCAACUUCCCGAAUUCUACGAAGACACCAUCCUCCUCAAUCCCGGUCCUCGACAUAUCAUGAAAAAAGACGACACCUGUUACUACAUGAGCAUCACCAAGGAAGAGAACUCCUCGUUCAGUGUAGCCAACCAACAGCCGAACAACAACAACACGACCGGUGAUCCCGUGAUAGUGACGGCGAAGGAGGAGGAAAAGACCACGGCGGUUCCGAUAACAACAACGACUGCAACGAAAGACGGUACCAUUCCUCCUCAACUCAUUCUGCAAGUCCCCACCUGUGUCACUACGUUUCCCGACAAUACCGUGACGAGCGACUCCCGACAAUGCCUUAAGGAAUCCUCUCCAGGAUCUAUUACGUUCGACGUUUCCAUAACAGGUAACCAUUUGGAUAUUCCUAGAAGCGGUGGCGAGAAUCCCAACCUCUUGAGUCCUGAAAUGAUCAAUCAACGCCGAAACUCUCGCAGACCCAGUAUUUUACCAGUACCAGAUAUGUUUACUAGCAGUACUCUGAAUAUCGCCCAAGACGCCACCGACGAGGGCGAUGAGAGCGAAGAUGAACUAGAAGACGACGUGCCUUGGAGAUCGCCGAGUGAGAAAAUAGCGUCCAGUCUUACUCUAGACGAUUCUGAGGAUUCGAGCCGACUCGCAUGGCAUGACGAAUGUAUUCGCAUCGUGAAGGGCUUCCCGCCGGUCUCCCCCUACAUUGGAGUCAGUCCGACCCUGUGCUACCUUCUGAAAGAGAAAAAACCAUUGUGCUGUCUGCAGCUCGCCCAAGUGUGUGAACAUUGCAGCUAUAGGAACGCGCGAGACUACCAGUGGCAGAACAAAACUAUCAUUCUGGCUGCUGAUUACGCUUCAAAUGGCAUCUACAACUUUAUAAUACCGUUGAGAGCCCACUUCAGAUCGAAAACGUCGUUAAAUCCCAUUAUUUUGCUGUUGGAGAGGCGGCCGGAUAUAGCUUUUCUCGAUGCAGUUUCCUAUUUUCCUUUAGUUUAUUGGAUGCUGGGAUCUAUAGACUGCUUAGACGACCUACUUAGAGCUGGCAUAACCCUAGCAGAAAAUGUCGUGGUUGUGAACAAGGAGCUGUCGAACUCCGCAGAAGAGGAUUCGUUGUCGGAUUGUAAUACCAUUGUGGCUGUUCAGACCAUGUUUAAAUUCUUCCCGAGUAUUAAGAGCAUUACCGAACUGUCGCAGUCUUCUAACAUGAGGUUCAUGCAGUUUAGAGCUCACGACAAAUAUGCCUUACAUCUGUCCAAAAUGGAGAAGAGAGAAAAAGAGCGAGGUUCUCACAUAUCAUACAUGUUCCGACUUCCCUUCGCCGCCGGCAGUGUCUUCAGUGCAAGCAUGCUUGAUACUCUACUGUAUCAGGCCUUCGUUAAGGACUACGUCAUAACCUUUGUACGUCUUCUUCUUGGAGUGGACCAAGCUCCAGGUUCGGGAUUUCUGACAUCGAUGAGGAUAUCAAAAGACGACAUGUGGAUCCGCACAUACGGCCGCCUCUACCAAAAACUCUGUUCCACGACCUGCGAAAUUCCUAUAGGUAUCUACCGAACGCAAGACACGUCGAUCUCGGAUUCCUCUCAUGUGAGUAUGAGCGCAGCAUCAUCCCCGUGGUCAUCAUGUGUGCGUGUGCCGUCGCUUGACGAGGAUCUCGGACCAGAUAGAGUAGGUGUUACUUAUCGACCAAAGGAUGGAACUAAUUGUCUUGGAUGUACAAAUCGACGUCCUUCAAUGUACUCAGUCAACGGAAAUGACGAAGCUAAAGACAACCACGAUCAGCAAAUAGAGCGAGCAGAAAUAGCCAAUCUGGUAAGAUCAAGAAUGGAAAGCUUAAACCUACCAACCAUCGACUAUAAUGACGUAAGCGAGAAGCGAAAUAGUCUCUCUUACGUCAUUAUUAAUCCUAGCUGCGAUCUUAAAUUAGAAGAAGGAGAUAUAAUAUACUUAGUACGUCCAAGUCCUUUCUCCGCACAAAAAACCUUCGAAAGGCACAACAGCAGAAGAAAAUCAAACAUAAGCUUCUGUUCUCAGACCCUUCUCGCACAAAUGGCGACGAGCUCUCAAGCGGGAAGUCGACGCGGAUCAGGUCUGGGCCUCAGCGGGUACCAAUCGCCUAGACCCCCACCUCUAGCAACGACAAAAUCAAACUCUCUAUCUUUACCGGACAGUCCAACGGUGGCGGGAUACCAAAGGGGUCGAUCGAAUAGUUUGCGUGUAAUCGACGACAUUCUUCUGCGCAGAUCCAAUUCUUUACGACAAGGACUGCCGAAUAUCGGUAACUCUAGGAGGAAAAGUAGUUUAGAGGACAUUGGUUUAAGCCAUUUCAGUACGAAUUAUUCUAAUACUAUCAAAAUAGCCUUGAACGGUAGUAUCGGUUUGGAAGUGACUCCGCCUGAAGAGAACAGUCCACCAGUGAUCAGCAGCAAUACGGCACUAAUAGUAAACCCAUCCUUGCCUCCGCUAGCUCCAUCGGUGCUCACCGGUAGCACGUUGAGUCUCACCCACAGCGGCCUACCGGGAUCCAGCGGCUCGGUACCCAUCAACAUGGGCUUUGGUGGCUAUGGAGAAGCAGGGGCGUCCCAGCAAGCUGCGCUGCCCACGCCGGCCACGGAUCCGCAACACCUUCAAGGGACGAUAGUAUGAUACAACCUCAUGUGGGGGAGAAGAAUGGGUAGCUUGAGAAACAAGUGGCUCUAAAUCUUCUCGCUUCCACAGUAGGGACUCUGCGACUCUAUAGAAAGUGUAGUGAAGAGCGUGGAGUUAAAUUUUAUUGUGAUAGCAGUACUAGUUGAGAAAUUAGGUGUUGUCUGAUGCUAAGAUAUACGUACAACUGCUAAAAUGGUUUUUCUAAAAUAUGAUUAACCAAACUAUUAUUUUAUAGUUUUUUUGAUAAUAUAGUUGAUUAUAAUGUAUUAAUAAAAAUUUCGUAAUACAAAAGUAACAAUUAAUACACUAUAUAAUGACUGGAGAAUUCACUGGAGAAUUAUUGUUUAUGGAAUUUUAUUAAAUUGGAAGAAAGAUAAAGA